AUGGUUAAUGUAUUUGUAUUAUGGUUGAUUUUUUCAUAGACUUUAUCAUAUUUUGAGCCAUCAGAAUUAAUUAAAUUAGAAUUAUUACUUGAUUUAGAAAUUGGUGUUUUAUUUUCAAUCUAAUAUAUAAAUUCUCCAUUUGAAGGGAAAGAUGGUCCAUAAACUAUAUAAAAUGCAAUAGUGACACUAUGAUGUGGAGAUAAUAUAUUAUGAAUUCUUUAAAAUUUAGCUUAAGCCCAUACAAAAGGCCCUCCAAAAACUCUAAUAUUUGAUUAAUAUGAAUAAUAGAUAUCUGAUCCUUUUAAAAAGUUUGUUCCAUUUUGAGAAAUUAAAGUAUAUUAUGCAUAUUAUUCAGGGUCUGUGGCAGCAUUUGUAUAUUCUUAAAUCAAAUAUUAAGAGUCUUAAUAAUAAAAUAAAAAAUACAAGGUGUUUCAUCAUCAUAAUCCUAACAAUAAUCCCAAUUUUAUUUUUAAUAUGGGGAUGAGCAAUAAGAUCUGCAUUUACCAUCUCUAUAAAUAUAGUAUCCAUAUUCACAAUGCUUACAUUAAAACGAUAUUACUAAUUAAUAUUUAUCUUUUGCUCUACUUCACAUUAUAAACACUUUUCAGGACAAUAUCCUGAAGUAAUUUAUAUUUAAGACAAUCCCCAUCCUGCUAAGUCAUCGCUAAUGUUAAUAAAUUUGAGAUUUACGUAUAAUUGCCUAUUGCUGAAAAUAGAAAUGAAUAUUUAGGAAUAUCAACAUAUGUAAUUAAUACAUAUCUUGUAGUUGAGGAAUACGUUGAAAAAGCAUUAUUAUAUUAUUUAGAAUCUGAAAUUGUUAAUUUAUGGGUUUGAACUCCAG